AUGACUGACGAUUGGCUUCGACAGGGAAAGUUUGGCCUUUCUAUCAACCCUCCAGUAAUCCCUUCGUCCGACGGCGCGGGUGAAGUCCUGCAAAUCGGCUCAUCCGUGACAUGUUUCAGACCAGGCGAAAAGGUUGUUACGCAUCUGACCGUCCACCAAGACGAUAACGAGCCGGCUACCUUUACGGAUAUCGCUGCGGGUCUGGGACACGGUGCUCAUGGAACGUUGCGGAAGUACGCUGUUUUCCAUGAAAGUUCUCUGGUGAAGAUGCCGAGUACACUGGGAUUUCGAGAGGCGGCAACACUGACAUGCUCGGGAUUGACGGCUUGGAAUGCGCUUUUUGGACCGGGUCCUGCUAGCGCGAGCACGAGGGAGUUUACAAAUGCGCUCGAGGGAAAGUAUGUGCUUGUGCAGGGGAGCGGAGGCGUUAGUGUUGCUGCUCUGCAGUUUGCUCUUGCAACCGGCGCACGCGUAAUAGCCACCACGAGCUCAGAUCUCAAGGCCAAAAGGCUGUCCUCCCUCGGUGCGCACCACGUAAUAAACUACAAGACAACCGCAAACUGGGGCGAGGUUGCAAAGUCCCUUACCCCACACAAACGGGGUGUCGAUAUCGUCGUUGACGUCGGCGGGCAUUCGACCGUAUCCCAAUCAUUGAAAGCUGUGAAGGCAGAUGGCCUUGUUGCCCUGGCUGGAUUACUUGGUGCAUCUGAGAAUGCUCAGGUACCAUCAAUCAUGGACGGUCUGACAUAUCUCUGUGCGACGAGGGGAUUCCUGCUGGGUACGCGGGAGCAAUUUCGGGAAUUGAAUGCCCUUAUUGACGAGAAGCUCAUCAAGCCCGUGGUCGAUGACCGGGUUUUUGGGUUUGCGGAGAUAAGGGAGGCCUAUGAGUAUCUGGAGCAGCAGCGGCAUUUCUCAAAGGUUGUUAUUGAUAUUGAUUGACAAA